CCUGGACGGGGCGCACUUGCUGGGCGCGCAGGGCUGUCUGCACCUUCCGGGAGCUGGCUGGGACAAUGUUUCUCCUUUAAAACACCGCGCUUCCCACGGUCUCUUCGGCUUCUCUUUGCAGCAGCACCGGAACUUUUCCCACUUUUGGCCGUACUAAGAGGGCGAUGGGCUGUUCCAGAGGCUCUUGUGGGCAAGCGGCCAGCUGAGCAUCCUUUGGCUUCAGUGCUGUGAUCAGCGUUCGUUCUGGACUCCCGGAUCUGACUCGGCUACUCUUUCUAGACUAACAGGUCUUCCAAGCCCCAGUAGUUUUGUGGAGCUGCAGAUAUGGUUGGUCCCAGCUACAAAGGGACGUUCACGGUCACUCUCCAGGAUCUUCUUGAGUAACAGUGUUUGACUGGAACCACGGACUGUGAACUCUCCAAGGGUUAAGAAUUGAGAGUGCUACAACUUGGGUUGGUAGGGCCUUAGAAGCCAGCCAAUGGUGGGGGCAUCUCCAUGGAGCUGCUGUUACCUGGUCCUCAGAGUUCCAGGAGCAAUUUUUCAAGGAAAUAGAUUCAAGGAUGAGAGUCUGCACUAAGUGGGUGCUGCUGUCUCACUGGCUGGUUCUGGCCUACAUGUUAAUGGUCUGCUGUAAGCUGAUGUCCGCCUCGAGCCAGCACCUCCGGGGACAUGCAGGUCACCAUGUGAUCAAGCAAGGUACGUGUGAGGUGGUCGCUGUGCACCGCUGCUGCAAUAAGAACCGCAUAGAGGAGCGCUCUCAGACGGUCAAGUGUUCCUGCUUCCCAGGUCAGGUGGCUGGCACAACUCGGGCACAGCCUUCUUGUGUUGAAGCUUCCAUUGUGAUUGAGAAGUGGUGGUGCCACAUGGAUCCUUGCUUGGAAGGAGAGGACUGUAAAGUGCUUCCGGACUCCUCUGGUUGGUCCUGUAGCAGUGGCAAUAAAGUCAAAACCACAAAGGUGACCCGGUAGCAGACACAGAAGUGUUUGACUCCGAGGGGCAUCAGGAUGCAGAGCUGUGCUGUGUGGAUUACCAGACGAGUGAGAGCUCAACCUCGGAACUCCCUCAGGAGUUCGUAGCUGCAGUAUGAGCAUUGUAGAAAGUGGCAUUUACAUGACUGUCCCUGGUUCUCUGCUCCGUGAUCUCAUCAAACUGAACUACUGCUGCAGGUGACCACUCAACUGACGUGCUACCUGGACCUCCAAAGGAGCCCAGCACAAGACAUGCUGGAGGGGACAUCGGAGGUGCCAAUGUGGAGCAGUGCUGGGAGAGCCUGGCUCUUCUCAUUCUCCUUUUCCCAAGGAACAUGGACAGGAAGCACAAAGGGACCCAGGCUGUUCCUUUAAUUGUGUCCUUUAGACAUUGUGCAGAAGGCAUGACGGGAGUCUAAAUGACAGAAGACUUGGCUCACAUACGUGUGUUAUAGAUUAAAGAACUCAAAUUAUCUGGUGCAGGAAAUUCAUUAUAUGAACUUUGGAGAGUGGAAGGACUCGUUGGGUUACUAUGUGUGCAUUUGGAUUUUUUACUUUUGAUAACUUCACAUGUUUAUCCUCUUAGUUCCAUUCCUACUUUAGCGGAGAUGCAGCAGAAGCUUUUUAACCCUGGUACACUGGCGGCUGAGUUCUAAGGAAAGCAUAGUAGCACCAGGGUUUUAUAACCAAAGCUUUCUCAUGACAUAUUCACAAAGGAACUUAAACCUGCUGGAGUUUUUAUGGCUUGAGAGUAACCAGAUAGGAAGAUCAUUUAAGACAUAGGACAGUCUCUGUUUAGAGGAAGGGUGAUUUCUUAGAUCCACUUUAUGCCAAUUCUAUGGAAAUAUUUGAAUUAUCUCCUAGAAGGAGUCUUUAAAUGCUAACUAUUCACAUUACAGUUGAUGCGAGCCUAACAGGGACCCUUCUGUACCCACUUGUCAGCUUUCUUACUUCUUUAAAUGCUUAGUAAAACCUCAGUCAUCUCCCCUCCUAUUUUGGUGAUUUCAUAGAUUACUGCCAUGCAGAAACAUAAGAAACAGAGAAACUGGCCCAGGUUUGAAAUGAGACGUUAUUCAUGUACUCGAAUCUGUAAUGUGGGAUUGAUUGUAUGUAUUAAGAAAUGUUGACAGUAUACUUGCUACACCGACUGUCUGUCCUUUCGAAAUUACAAGGAAAGAUCGGUUCUAUUAUGUUGUCUACAGUGCUGUCAAUUAUUUGAUUUUAUUCUCACAGAAGAAGUGGAAAUGGGUGCUACCUAUUUAUUGCUUAGACUUUGACUUAAAUUUGACUGACUGGGUGCCUAACCAGAAUAGUUAUUCUCAUGUGACUAAGUAAAAUGUCACUCUGUUGAUGGCA